CAUCUCCUUGCUGCAUCGUCACAAGCUAAUCAAUCAAGCUAAGCUAGCUAGCACUCGAAACUUCCUCGCCAGUCACCACACUUUAGACACUUCACUCACUAGCUCAGCGCAGAUCGCAUUGGUUGUCGUGCAAUGGCUCGCUUCGCCCUCGUCGCGGUGGUCGCCGUCCUGGCGGCGCUGGUGGUGGCCGAGACGGCAUCGGCGGCGGUCAGCUGCGGAGACGUGACGUCCGCCGUCGCGCCGUGCCUGGGGUACGCGAUGGGCAGGGCGUCGGCCCCGUCCGCGGCGUGCUGCAGCGGGGUGAGGUCCCUGAACAGCAAGGCGUCCUCGGCGGCCGACCGGCAGGCGGCGUGCAGCUGCCUGAAGAGCAUGGCUGGCAGGCUCGGGGGCGCCACCAUGGGCAACGCCGCCAGCAUCCCCAGCAAGUGCGGCGUCAGCGUCAGCGUCCCCAUCAGCGCCAACGUCGACUGCUCCAAGGUUAACUAAUAAGGUAGCCAUCAGCAUUGUCCAUGUACCACCUCAUCGCUGUACGUAGGCUGUAGCUGAUCGAUGGAUCGAUGUGCACACGUACGUACGUGCGCGAGAGAGGAGAAGACCAUCCAGUGAUGACGUACUCCAUUUAUUACCUUACCACCACCCUCUUUGUUCGUUUACCAUUCGUUGUCAGUGGCUGCUGUGUCCUUCUGUUUUUAUGUACCAUGUUCCUCUCGUAAAAUAAUAAAUAAUGUGCUUAAGGGAUUGUGCCCCCUAC